GUAAUUUUCCAGAUUAAGAUUCUAUAUUUCGAACGCCCCAAGUAUUGGUUCCGUAAGUCGGUCUUCGAUGGACCGGAGCACAUCUACCGCCGGUCCGCCACCGUCGAACAAGCGGAGAAAUAUCUUAUCACCAACGAGAAUUCAAGCUCUGAAUGACGACAUCAUGUGUAGCGUUUUCUCGUUCCUUGAUUUAGUCCAUCUGAUUCGUUGCACUGCCGUAUGCAAGUCCUGGAGCGGAGUCAUUGAUAAAUCAAAGUUACUUCAAAUUUUGUGCUGCAAGCAAAGAGGGUUUUUGGGUGGUGAUUUUGACUUACCUACGUCUUCAGAACGAACCUGGAAAAGUAAACUUCGAGACUUGGCUAUUAGUCAACAUCGCUCAGCGUUACAUACAGGUCAUGUUGACAUAUAUCAAUGGAAAGGUCAUUCGGAUGGGAUUGACAGGUGCAAAAUGAAGAUGGGAUUGAUCCUCACCGGUGGAAGUGGCAAGGUGUUGCGUCUUUGGUCUGUAGAAAGAUACAAAUGUCUCGCUGAGUAUUCUCUUCCACAAACAGGCUCUUUGAUUGACUUUAAUUUUGAUGAGAGCAAGGUUGUUGGAUUAGUAGGAAAUCGCAUAUGCCUAUGGAGGCGCAAUGAAAGGAGAAGUAUAUUUACUUCACAAAGUGGUCAAUUUCCUAAAAGUGCUUGCAUGUGCUAUGUAGAUCCAGAAGCUGUUGUUGGAUGCGAAGACGGGAGAGCUCGUGUGUUUGAUAUGUAUGGCAGGAAAUGGUCUAGAAUCAUAAAGAUGCACACUGGGCCCAUUACAUGCUUAUCUCUGAGUGAUGACCAGUUGCUAAUUGGUGGUUCAUCCUUUGGCCAUAUAGCUUUAUCAGAUCUUUCAUCUGAUCAGCAAGUAGCUACACUCAAGACUAAUGAUUUUGCAGGAUUAACUACUUUGUGUUACAACUCACGUUCACAUAUAGUAUUCUCUGGGUCAAGUUCAGGGCGAGCUUCUUCUUGGGACCUAAGGAUGAUGAAACAAUUAUGGGAAGCGCGAGUGAGUCCAAAUAUCAUAUCUUCAAUUCAACAUAUGCGUGAUGACAUCUCGAUAUUAGCCGUGGGAGGAAUAGAUGGUGUGGUACGCCUCGUGGACCCACAAAAUGGCGAUUUUUUGUCAAAUUGUAUUAUUUAUGAAAGUAGCAGAAAACUAAAUCGUUUGGAAACUUGUAACUCAAUUGUUACGAGAAAGAAAGGAUUAAGAGUUUCAGAAGAUGCACGUUUUGAUUUAAUGCCUCGAAUAUCCAGACCCUCGAUAAGCUGUUUAGCUGUGGGGAUGCAGAAGGUUGUCACCACACAUGCUGAUGGGUAUAUCAGAGUUUGGAAGUUCAGCAAAUGAUAGAUUUUCAAUCUUUCAACUUAUGUUUCAGUUUUUUACCUGAUGGGUAAUUGUAUAUUCAUGUUGUAACAUUCACAUGAACCCUGUAUGUGUAGUUAGAGAUGAAACCAUAAGCGUAAAGAACGUGUAAAACAAGCACACAAGCCGUUGCCUUUUUCAAGAAAAAAAAAACCUAAUUGUGUUAA